CACUCGCAAUGAAACACUCUUAAGUCUUCACACUGAGGUGAGAAAGAACAUCAGAAAGAAUUCACAAGGAGUGAGGGCUGUUCUCCACGCCGCCGCGGAUGUGAUAGCCGUAUUUCGUGGGUCUGCAAGCCCCCGGGUUUUGCUCAUGCGUCCACUCUUCAGUCUAAAGCAACGCUUUCCCGCCCUCACUCCGCCAGGCAAAGUGCCAAAGCCAUCAGGCAGUCGUACGCCUACCAUCAGACGAGGAGUUGCACAGCAGUCACAUUUCUAAUUAUACAACCGACAACAGAGAGCCGCGGAGCAAAGGGAGAGAGCGCGGUGGAAUGUGGAGAGAGGAAGAGGAGUGUGAUUGCGAAUGGAAGAGAGGCUGAGAGUGCUACUCAGCCGCAAACGCGAGGGUGGGCAAGUUCACAUGACAGAGACAGAGAGAGGGAAGCAUCAAAUCUGUCUGAGAAAGGUUAACAAGACUGACUGACUGAGGAGAGUGGGAGUGUAAAAUGUAAAGGCUGGUAGGAGGGAAUAGAGAGAGAGAGAGAGAGAGAGAGAGAAGGAGAAGAGGAAGGGAGGUGUCUGACAGACAGUCUGUUGAGCUCGUCUGGUUGCCUGCUCAUUCUGCUCGCUUGUGCCCCUCCACCUGCUUGCCCCACGGGAGCAGGAACACAAACCGGACAGGUGCGUGCGAGUGGGUGUGUGAGGGCGGAAGGUCCGUGGACCAUGGAUGGACCCGCGUUGCGAAGAUGAGUGGCACCAGGAGGCACAUGGACGGAGGGAUGGAUGGACGGGGGAACCUGUAAAUCGUGACGACCUUGGACCUGACUACCCGCGACGCCUGCCAAGAGACUGGAGCCUGUGUCACGUGAACACAACACCUCCUCGCCCUCGGCGGGAGGGCAUGCACUGCCGGCGUGAGUGACACGCAGCGUGAGCCGAUGAGCUUCACACCGAACUCGCUUCUAGUCCCGGAAAGGGACAAACUCCCGCUCAAGAAGAGGGACCAAAGGCCCAGCGCGCCGUCGCAGCAGCGGCAGCAGCAGUGCGAUGAUGCAACAUUCAAGGUGCCUUACCCUUACAAGGGCCACGGUGAGUUUAAGACCAAGCACACGGGCCCUUUCCAGCCCGUCCCCAGGCGGGUUCCUGCACUGUACCAGCCCUGGACGCAGACUCACUCAUCCGCCGGGUCCAAACCUCACGAGCCCUCCGCGUUCAGAGAUCAUCGUGGCUGGGCAGAGUGGAGACAAUUCAACCCCCCGCAGCCCGGGUGGGCCUUUCCUCACCACUAUCAGCACCGCGGCCACUCGCCCGGCGCGUCUGCGCUCCACCUCGGCCACCCGCACCUCCCCUCCAGAUUCGGCCCCGUCCCCCUGGUCGCUGAGGGUUUGCAAAGGGUGCUUGGAGGGCACAGCUGGGAGCAGCUCAAGGCGUUGAGGUGCAAGAGUUGGGAAAGUGAGAGGCAGGGCAACGGGAGGAACCGAGCGCCGUAUGCGAGGAGAAGGGACAGAGCGGCCGAGGCUCCCCCCAGGGAUGAAAAGGAUAGUCCUCCGUCACUGAGCACGUGCCUACCUCCCUCCCCACACGAGGACCUCCCACUGCGAUACGACGCGUCGCACAAAUCAGCCACGGUUUUCACCCCCGCUUCUGGAUAUUCCUUCAUAAGAGUUUCCCCCGAAGACCGCUUGGGCAACACACACACCUCCAUGAAGGAGGACGCCGUGAGAUGCUCAGCUCCCCCGUCUCCUGAGCAGGCAUCUUCCUCCUCCUCUUCCUCUCCGAACAAUUUCCCCUGGCUGCUCCCUCACUUCGUGGCGGGCUCCCUGAUCGAGCUCGGAGACGGGCGGCUGAGGAAGGUGGAGCACCUGCAGACGGAGGAUUUCCUGCUGGGAUCGCUGGCCUGUCCAGACCUGCGCCUGAGCUGCUGCACGGUGCAGAGCAUCAGCCCUUCAGCAUCGUCCUCCUCCAUCUCGCGCCUCCUCAUCCUGCUCCACGACCAGCAGUCCCAGGAGCUGGUGGACGUCUACGCGGAGUACCCGUUCUUCGUGCGAGAGGCCGGCUGGUCCUCCUGCAGCCCCCAGAAGACAGCCCGUCUCUGCGGCCUGACCUGCCGUCAGCUGAGCGCGGGAGACGUCUGCCUGGCCCUCACCCCGGUCUCAGCCUCCCACCCUCCGCCGUCGGCCACCCUGCGAGCAAAAACUUCACCCAGUGACUCCGUGGGAGGACGCGAGUCCCCGAAGGCCUCGUGGGCCUGGGACCCCCGGGGCCCGGAGCGGCCAGAGGGGGGGCGGAAGGAGGCAGAGGCUGUCCGCAGGAGACACUCUUCUGCCCCGGAGUUGAGAAGCCCAGGGGACUAAGAAGCAUGAGGAUCGAGGAGGGUGGAUGUCUGACGGCAGGAAGCGUGUCGAUGGCUUUAAGGCUCCAUACUCAGCCUGUUUUUGCUUUCUUUCUACCUCCUGAAUUAUAUUUAUGUGUCAUUUCUUUUCAGUUGUACUUAAGAAGUUAAAGCUAAACAGGAUGAAAGUCUCAGGGCAGAGAGGGUACUUAUAUUAAUACGUUUUGUCAGGGUAAGUCAGGGGUAUAACACUGACAAUGAGGGUUAUGGUAAACAUUACAAUUUCUUGGUUGUGUAAUUUAUUUAUUUUUAGAAGUAGUAAAUUUGAGAAAUCUAUUAUAAAUAUUUUUUGGGUUUGUUCGUCACGUUUUAAGCAGUUCCGACAUAAUCAGCCCACGUUCCUUGAAGAAUACUCCCUCAGGUUUUCCAUCAUCAUAUUCUCUAAAGCUAUAUCUUUUUUUGCAUAUGAUUAUAUAAGAUGUCUCUACGAUCAUCACUGACGGUCUCAUCCAAACCAACCCUUUCCUUGAAUUCCAGUUAAAUAGGGACUUUUUUCAUUAACAAUUAACACCACUUUGAUUGCAUCACUAGGAUUCUGUUUCACGCUUCUACCUCUAUUUUCUAUUUAAGGUGGCGGAUGCGUAUAAUCUGUAUUUAACAGCGUGGGCUGUUUUGUAAUUUGCUGCGUUGGAAGCUCGGCUUCCCAGUGAAUGUCAGUGCGAAUGCUUUUAUUUGCCUGGUUGUUACAAUAUAGCUGCUCUGCUCUUUUCAAAAUGUCAGUCCGAUUGUUAAGAUUGGGCAAUUCGAACUGCUUAAAAAGCACAAACAUGUGAUCGGUGUACAAUUUCACAUGUCAGCGCUGUAACGUGAUUUCCUUCUGAGUAUAAAAUAGCACUCAUUUUGACAAACGAUUAAAUCGUACAAAAUUGAAAUGCAAACCAUGUGGCCUCAACGAUGAUGUCAACAUCAGAGCCGACACGGUUCUGUACUCCCAGAUUGGGGCUUUACCUUGUGAAACAGUUUCCUCAACUGUUACAACAAAUAUAUGUUGCGCAUCAUUUUCACAUAAAAGUCCACAUCCCCAUUAACACUCACACAAAACAUCCAUUUACCAGCCGGCGGUGGGUCGAUGACGCUGUAAGGAACAUCAGGGAGUCCAAAUGAGGUAAAAACACACACCUGCUUCUUCUUUUACAGUUUACAUUUAUUAACUUUAAUCUGACUAAAUAAAAUGACAGCUUCCCCUUUCUCAUCAGAAAGCAGCAGCUGCUGCUGU